AUGACAGCCGACAAGGAGAAGAGAAGGGCGAUCAGCCGCGAGGCUGCCAGACGGAGGCGCCGGGUGGAGUCUGAGGUGUUUGAAGAUUUGUCUCGCCUCCUGCCGCUCCCACCGUCUGUCCAAGCUCACCUGGACAAGCCCUCAGUGAUUCGCCUCACCCUCAGCUACAUACGCAUGCACACUCUGCUCAAAGGGGAGGCUUGGACAAAAGCACAGGCUAGACACAGAGUAAAAUGUGGACGCGUGAUGAACGGUGGAGAGGAACCUCGCGAGCAUGACGGAGGACGUGAGGAAGAGGAGGAAGAGGAGAAAGAAACAGAGGAAAUGGAGGCCUCGGAGGAGACAAACCUCUACCUGAGGAUCCUGGAGGGAUUUCUGAUUGUCCUGUCCACUGAGGGAGACAUGAUCUACCUGUCUGAAAAUGUCAGCAAGUACAUGGGCUUGACACAGAAUGAGCUGAUGGGACACAAUAUUUUCGAGUUUACUCACCCUUGUGACCAUGAAGAAAUCAGAAAUAGUCUACUUCUAACACCAGAGGACGUUUGGUACGGUGCAAAGAGGGACUUGGUCCUGAGGAUAAAAAGCGCUCUGACACCCAGAGGAAGAAGCACCAACCUCAAGUCAGCUACGUGGAAGGUUCUCCACUGCCAGGGCCGGGUAAAGGUGUGUGUCGCCCCGUCUUCAGUGUCCUGCCUGUUGCUGACCUGCCAGCCUCUGCCCCUCUCACACACACUCCUCAGCACACACACCUUCACCAGCCAGCACAGCAUGGACAUGAGGUUCACGUACAGUGACCAGAGAAUUACUCUGCUUUUAGGUUUCAGUACUGAGGAGCUGCUUGGCCGUUCCAUCUAUGAUCUUUGUCACGCAAUGGACAUAAACCAUUUGACCAAGAAUCAUCUCAACUUGUGUUUUAAGAGUCAGUCGGUCAGCGGUCAGUACCGGAUGCUGGUGAGAAGUGGAGGUUACGUUUGGGUGGAGACUCACAGCGCCGUCAUCCCCGGCUGCCGACCGUCCAAGUCCAGACCUGACGCCAACCAGCCACUCUGCAUCCUCUGCGUGACCUAUGUCCUCAGCGGAGUGGAGGAGCCGUCCUUGCAGCUCUCCGUAGACCAGAUCGUGCACAUUUGAGCCGAAUGAAGAACAGUCUGCAUUCUCCAAGAAACAACAACACUGUUCUCUUGCCACUUCUGUUCAUGAUGAAACUUUUAUGAGAUAGGCAACGUUCUUCUUUCUUGUUUUUGUCAACCACUGAUGUUUCUGUUUAGUAUUCGGAUAACGCUUCGAAUAUUUGGACUGUCUGAAUUAUUGAGAAAUUAUACAUUUUAAGCCGGUUAACUAGGCCUCAAAGUCAAAGUUUUGCAUUUUUGCUUCAGUCGCACAACUUCUGUCUUCCCUAUUCGACAAUUGAAAGCUUUAUGUGUAGACUGUGGUGGACAGACAGUUGAGAGCGUUGUGAGAGUUGAAAUAUGUCUCUGACAGCAAGCAGCAUGACCUUUUCCUGACCUCUCUGGGCCUGAACUUGCUUCCUGUGAGGUUUCCUUCUGGGCCGCCUGACACGUGGGGGGACAUCUGACUGCCAAACAUAAUGCACACACACACACACACACACACACGAUUGAUAUACAAGAUACGCAUUGUGCUGAUAAGGAGAUGUGAGCAGACGCAAGUCAAAGCCACAGCUUCCUGAAAGAGACCCUCAAUAGGAAAGUUCUCGUGGGAACUCUUUAAACUUUUUACCUUUCGGCUUCAGAAUACAUACACACACACACACACACACACACACACACACACACACACACACACACACACACACACUCACAACCUUUUUUCAAGUUUCAGUUGUGGUAGUUUUACUGAUGUGAAUCUGAAUUGAAAAAAGGAAGAAAGGAAAUGCAUGAUGACAAUAAUUAUGACGAGAAAACAGUUCAGAGCUAAAAGUACAAUAUUACGUUACAUUAUGGUUUUUGCAUUCCAACAAUCAAUCAUCUCAGCCAUUGUUGAGAAAACACAAUCCUUUACCAAAAAUAAACACAUUUACGGUACUUUUGCUAUACUUUUGACUUCUACUCAGAUUCAGAGAGAAAGGUAGAACUUUUUACUAAACUACAUUUAUGUGAUGCAAUUACAAGUAACUCUACAGACCUAAAACAUAUGAUGAGCUCAUGAAUUAUGAUGCAUUAUUAAAGAACGACAGACAGAUAUGCUCUGAAUAUAUAUAUAUAUAUAUAUUGAGCAACUUUAAGUACAUUUUGAUUUCAGAAAAUACUUAUAUACUUGUAUUUAAUUGACAUUAUUAAUGCAGGAAUUUUUACUUAUCACUUUUUAGGACCUGAAUUUUUCCCACCCACGAUCAGAUGGUGAACAAACAAAUAAAACUGAGCUCUGAAUUACCAAAUCAAACCUUACCGAGUGACUCCUUUGCUUUUCUAAUGUGCAUAUUGAUUUAGCGCUAUAUAUUCAUAUCAAAGAGCUUUUCAAUCUGCACAGCAAACAACUUCCUCUAUUCUAAGGGCGAAUUUAAAUGAAAAGCUUCUGUUAUUACUUUGGGUCUCUGUAACCUUUUCUAAUAAUAUGUUGACUAUAUCCAGGGCCUGUUGUGAGACACUUAAACAAUGGGUAAACAAGAUAUCUACUUUGUUUUUGUUGUUGUUGUUUUUUACAUCAACUGGAGGCAAGUCAUUUCUUAUUAAAGUCAUUUAUUUUCUACUCUGGUGUUCUGAGGACAUGGUAAACUGUCUUUGCAAACCUUUAUAAACGUGUAUUUUAUAGACAGGUUCAAAUUACUAUACAAUUUGGGAUCAUUUUUAUUGGUGAAUUGGUUGCUUUUUUAU